AUGAAUACAGUUGAUCAGGCAGCAGAACAGUACCAGCGCGAGCUGGGCGAAGAACCCGCCGGUGUGCCCGAAAAUGAUUUUUGGGGCCCAACUGAGGACUCCUGUCAUGAUAUCAUUCCUUUUGGUGAAGGUCAUGAUAUUUUCAUCCAUACGAUGGAGCCACCAGCCCUUCAGCGGCAAAUAGUCGCAAGUGACGCUCGAGGCGCACAUGGUCAGAUUCCAAACAGUACAGCAUCGUUCCUUACAGACCAACGAGAAGAUCUCAUCCCCAACCCGUAUGAGUCUCCAAGGUUCAACUGGCCACACCACACGACGGAAGACGUGGCGAUGUGGAAAGGUUUCGUGCCAGACUCAUCCAGUGCACAACUAAACGCACCGGACGGUUCUGGGCAUUGCGCGUCAGCUACUGAGCGGGUUCUUGAUGCAUUCGAAAGAAAUCAUGCAGGCUUACGCCACAACCAUGACAAUACCGUUUCCGCAACUACUGAUUUCCCCAGUGCUCCGGAACCCAUGCUUGAUAUUGAGGCAUUACCCAAUGAUUUUUUCAAUAUUCCGGGACUCAUGCCUGGCUCUGACGAGUUGAGUGAUCUCAGUCAUGACUCAAGUCUAGGGGCAAUGGUGAAUAAAAGGGAUCAUACAUUUCCCAAGUCUCAAUGGAGAAGCUUGAAACGUGAUAAGUGUAAGGGCACGGAGGGCAGCAAGUGCUCGAUGUGCAUCAAACAUCUCGAGAAUCUAAGAAUGUAUUCCUUGAGAUCGAACAGCCCUUCUAUCAACCACAUCGAUAUCGGCCCAAUAAAGCUGGGAACUGUGGCAUUCUACGAAAUCAAUGAUAUGCAUUAUUUACUUGUCAAGAUACGAGAAGAGAUUGACAGUCUUUACAGUCCCAGCCAGAAUGAAACACUUGAGGCUUCGUUCAAAGGCGACUUGAUAUGCCAUAUUUCUGAUGGAGGGGUAAACCCUCACUCCAUCACCGAUCCUGCUGUCCCUAUACCCAUCCUGGAGCUAUCUACGACGAGUGCAGCUAGGCGUAAGACGAGAGGACAGAGCGUUGCCCCAGCACUCAAUGCACGACAGCUUGAUAGGUUCAUUGAUACUAAAGCACCGCCAGGGAUUUUCUCCAAGCUUGAAACAUCUGACGUUGGUUUCACUAUACCUACCCAACCUUCUUCCCCUGCCAGGGCUGAUGUUCUACAGACUAAAAUUCUCAACUGCGCCUUGCGAUCCGCCUACUAUUUUGGCAUCCUCUUCAAUUGGACGAGUAAUAUCAUACUCUACGAUCCCAGGGAAAUGAAUAAAGUCGCUCGAGGAUCUUGUGGCAACGGACUUCAGCUGGCCAAGAAUCUCGUACUAGAGACUCUCUACUCCAUUGUGCAUAGAAUCGACUGUCUCGUCCAUCAAUUGUUCGAAUGGGUUGGCGACUCUUUCAAGCAACACCGCAACUCGCCCUCGGACCCUGCGACAAUUUCUUGUGCAUUGUGGAUUUUGUACAGCUCAGUGAACAAGUUUCAGAAGUUGGAUUGGAACAGCAUUCACGUCAACGAGCUUAGAAAGUUCUUGGACGGACUGAGAGACAGAUCGAAAGCAGCUUUGGUUUCAGUUCAACGCUACAACUGGAUGGUUAGCUACAAAUGCUGCGGCCAACGAAGCGACUACCUCACGGAGUUUGUCGAUCUUGUGGAGAAGGCGAAGACUCCAAGUUUCGUUGUGAGCUUUGCAUACGAAUACCAAUACGAAAAUCCAUUUUUCUUGAGUCUUCAUGGCGUUGGGACUGGCCAAUUGGCUCGACUAUCAUAUGUUGAUGUUCUCAAAAAACGAGGAGAGGAGGAAGACCCGAUCGAUGAGUUUUAUCGGCUGUCGUCUCGGUCUCCGGCGUACAAACCGGGGUCGAAACAAGACGGUGCAAGAUACCCCCGCUUUACUCAAGAGCAGGGACGCUUCGAUCAAGCAAGUCAUGAAGGAACCCAUUCUAGUCUUACGCGGAGAGAUCAUCGAUUCCGCUGCGAAGACAAAUCAAAAGCAAGAAGCGUGACACGUGAGGAUAUCGACAAGUUCGCAAACUUGUCUACAACUCACACCAAGGCAAAUGAUCUGGCAAUUUUGUCUGAUGAUUGGGAAUCAAAUUGUACCCGAAAGCGCCAAGCAUCCAGUUCAGUUCAGAGCAUUACGAGUACUGGUUCAGGAGAGGAGGGCCUCAAAUCAAAGGAUGUGAUCGUUGCUUCCCGACAAAAGCGAAUCAGAAUGUCUAGAGAAACACCGAGGCCUACCCCUUUCUUGGGAUCCUAUAAGAGACUUGGAGACAUGUUGCAAUCUGUGUUUGGGAAGAUAACUGGAAAUUGA